AUGGCUUCCAUACACUGGCUCGAACUCCCAUUCCCUCUUGCAACACCCGGCCAAAUCCUCGCGGCGGGGAUUGCACUUCCUCUAGUCUGUAUAUCAUGCGUGUUACUACGUUUCUACGUUCGAAGACUUCAAAAGGCCGCACCCGGCGCUGAUGACUGGCUUGUUGCCAUUGGAGUAGUCUUCGUUGCUGGGAUGGGCGCUUGCCUCAUCACUGGUGAGCGACUCAAAGUGUUUGGCUAUCCGACCCCAGUUCCAGCCGGAACAGAUGCCACUGAAGCAUACGGUCUAUUUCUUGACGCUUUCAUACUUCAAGCAAAGGCAAUCAUGGUCGCAACAAGUACCUUGUGGUCUGUGGGGUUCCUCAUCGCGCUUAUAUUUGGAUGUGGAAAGUCCGUUGAGUUGCAUUGGGCGCCUUUCCAGACGAUAGAAGAGUCGGGGUGUGAUGUCUCAACCCCUGAAGUGGCCAUGGUUAUUUCGGAUAUGGUCUUGGACUUGGCAAUUCUCAUUCUUCCCAUCCCUGCUAUAUGGAAACUCAAUAUGUCAAAGGGCCGUAAGUUUGCUGUGACAGGCAUCUUCCUCUUCGGACUUAUGUCUGUAGCGGCUUCAGCUGCAAGAAUGUCUAUCUACUUGAUUGUCCUUUACGAAGGAUAUUCUGCAGGAUAUGAUAUCAACCGUGAGUGA